GUAAAACAAAAGGAAAGCUUGUUAAAUUGUUUGCUCAUAUACCAAGACCGGCAAAGGCGAAGAAGACGAGGAUCGAUGGGUAUACUAAGCAACAAAAUAAGCAAAGAGGAGUUAAAGGCCGGCGAUCAUAUUUACUCUUGGAGACGCGCUUAUAUCUACGCUCAUCACGGGAUAUAUAUUGGUGAUGGAAAGGUCAUUCAUUUUACUCGAGGUGCAGGUCAGGAAAUUGGCACAGGAACCUUCUUAGACACCAUUUUCAGUUCAUCAUCCCCCGAUUCCUCAAGCACUCCAUGCCCUAUUUGCGGCAAUCAAGCAAGUGCUAAUGGUGUUAUAUUGUCAUGCAUCGACUGUUUUCUUUCUGGUGGUGAACUGCAUAUAUUUAUAUAUAAUGUGUUGCCACUUGUCUUUCUUGCCCAAGCUCGAGGAGGUACCUGCACUCUAGCAAAGUCUGAUCCUCCUGAGGAUGUACUUCAUCGUGCGGAGUACCUUCUUGAAAAUGGUUUUGGAUUUUAUAAUCUUUUUAGGAACAACUGUGAAGAUUUCGCUAUUUAUUGCAAGACUGGGCUGCUCUUGUUUACCAGUGUGAAUGUAGGUCGGGGUGGGCAGACAGCAUCCUUUUUAGCUGCUACUACUGCUGUUGCUUCUUCGCCACUUCGGUUCCUUACUACCAGCUUCAGUGGCUUGACUGCUGUAGGAUUUGGGUCUUAUUGUAUUAGCCGAUUGGUCUCUGAUAUUGGAGUACGGAGAGAUGUUAUAAAGAUUCCGGUGGAGAGACUUCUUUCUCACUCUAGAAGUGAUGAGGAUGAAGGAUCAUCACCUGCUCACAUGGCCAACCAAGAUUAAGAUUAGAUGGUAAUGAGGUAAAAAUUUGAUUAUUAUGUCUGUGGUUUAUAUGAUACUUGUCCUUAGAAACAACUCUAAAUAUUUUCAUCUAUUUUGUGUGCGCGCAUAUCGUGCUGAUGUUUAGCAUGAUAUAUAAUUUUAUCUGCAGAACUUGUUUAUCUUGUUAUGUGGAGCACCUACAUUUCUAUUCAUUAAUCUCAUUUUGUUCUGUGCUCUGCUUUCA